CUAAGCGCGCAAGCUUUUGUUCGUGUGGAAAUGGAGGAUGUGAAUGAUAAUGAACCUGUCUUUAACCCGUCAACCUACGUGAUGAGCAUUAGCGGCCAGACCCAGCCAGGCACCGAGAUCAUCAAUGUUCUUGCCACUGAUAGGGAUUCUGGGAUAUACGGAACAGUGGCUUAUGAGCUCAUUCCGGGAGACCUGUCAUCCCUUUUUACCAUCGACUCCACUACAGGAAUUAUUUACUUAACGUCAACUCUUAGUCAUUUGGAAUCUACUACCCUUUUGUUGAUGGUCUGUGCUCGAGAUGGUGGCGGGCUCACAUCUGUCGUUAAUGCUGACAUCACUAUACACAUUCUUCAGACAACACUGGCACCUGCUGAAUUUGAAAGGCCUAAGUAUACUUUCUCAGUUUAUGAAGAUGUACCUGAAGACAGUCCUGUGGGAACAGUGAAAGCAAAAGAGUCCUCGAAUUCUUCAGAGCCAGUUUUUUAUAGAAUCUCCUCUGGUGAUCUGGACAGAAAGUUCUCUAUUCACCCAUGGCUGGGCGUCAUUCGAACUCAGAAGCCUCUGGAUCAUGAAACACAGCCGGUGGUUGUGCUCACAGUGCAGGCUCAGCUUGGCAGCUCUCCGGCCUACAGCAUUACAGAGGUCAACAUAACUGUAAUUGAUGUCAAUGACAACCGUCCGGUAUUUCCCAAAGCCUCUGAUGAGGUGAAAAUAGCUCAAACCACGUUGCCUGGCACAGCCUUGUACCUCGCCCGUGCACAAGACAAAGACAGUGGGCAGAAUGGAUUCAUCAGAUAUGCGAUUGCAAGCCAGGAUCCAAGCAUCUUUGCCAUCGACUCAGGGCUUGGUGCGGUGUACCUCAAUGAGAGUCUGGGAAGUCACGUGCCCCGGAAGUGCACGCUCACUCUCCUGGCCCAGGAUCUGGGCGUUCCUCCUCGGGCAUCCCUGUUAGUGCUGACAGUUGUGAUUGAGGAACAAGAGCAAAACCCAUCCUUGACUUUUGAAAACUUGGUCUAUCAAGUGGAAGUUAGCGAGUCUCUCUCGCUGAUGACCCCAAUCCUGCAAAUACAGGCUUACCCACUUGGCCCACAGCGCACAACCUCGCAGCUCCUGUACUCGCUGGAGCCCAGCACAGACUCCGCUGUGUUUGGCGUCCGCCCUGACACAGGCUGGAUUUAUUUGCGGCGACAGCUUGACUAUGAGUCCACACAGACAUAUAAUUUUAGAGUGUUUGCCUGGAUCCCGGAGGACAGAUUGUCGCAAAAUGUGAGCACUUCGGUAAUUGUUCAUGUCCUGGAUGAGAAUGACAAUUCCCCUACCUUCUUGCAUGAUGUGUUGUUUUUGAAAGUCGAGGAGAGCCCUGUUCCACAAGGGGUAAUAGGCAAAAUUACAGCAAUUGACAGAGACUCGGGAAAGAAUGGACAGCUGUCAUAUUUCCUUUUGUCUGAUGGAAAAUUCUUCAAGAUGAAUCCUAAUACAGGUGAAUUUAUCAGUUGGGUGGCACUGGAUCACGAGCUUCAGGUGCACCAUCAGGUGACAAUCCUAGUGACUGAUCAUGGCUCCCCGCCACGGAACGCCACCAUGGUGGUUUAUGUGUCAGUGACUGACAUCAAUGAUAACAGGCCAUAUUUCCCACAGUGUCUCCCUGGAGAGGAAUUGCACAUCAAGGUUCUGGAAGGUCAACCAGUAAAUAUGUUGGUUACAACUGUGUUUGCAAAAGAUUUUGACGAAGGAAACAAUGCAGAAGUUGUAUAUUCAGUAUCUUCAGAAGACAGUUCUGAUCACUUCAAGAUUGAUGCCAACAGUGGUGAAAUAAGAACAACCACAGUCCUUUCAUAUAACCAUAGACCUUCCUACAGGAUGACCGUAAUUGCCAGUGACCAGGGAGUGCCCACUCUUCAAGGCCAAGCAGUCAUUAAUAUCCAGGUGAUACCAUUAUCUAAAGGGAGAGCUAUCAUUUCUCAGAAUAUUAGACACUUAGUUUUACCCGAAAACUUGAAGCCUGCAAAAAUAAUGAGCUUGAUAAAGUCACCCGAUCACCUUCAACAACAUCAUAAUGGAAAGUUACAUUUUAGUAUUGCUGCAGAUGACAAGGAUGGUCACUUCGAAAUCGACAGCUCAACAGGGGACUUGUUCCUUUCUAAGGAACUUGAUUAUGAAAUGACGUCUCAUUACCUUUUCAGGGUGGUUACUAAAGACCAUAGCAAAACCCCUCCCCUGAAUAGCACAGUCUUCCUGAGUAUUGAUGUGGAGGAUCAGAAUGACCAUUCCCCAUCUUUCCAAGAAGAGCUCAUUGUGAUAAGUGUAGAAGAGAAUGUCCCUAUAGGGACUCUGGUGCACGUCUUCAAUGCCAAAGACGGGGAUGGCAGUUUUUUGAACAGUAGAAUUCAAUACUUCAUUGCAUCCCACCACCCUGGAAUGAGUCCGUUUCUCAUCCACCCCUCAUUUGGCACAUUAGUCACUGCAUCGCCCCUUGACAGAGAGAGGGUUCCAGCUGUCAUCCUGACAAUAACUGCAUUGGAUCAGGCUGUGAAUGUGACAGACCGGCGAUUGCAAUCACUGACAGCAAAGGUCGUGAUUCUGGAUGUAAAUGACCACAGCCCCACUUUUAUGUCUUUCCCCAUUGCCCACAUCAAAGAGGAUGCCUCGGUGGGCUCCUUGGUGCACCACAUAAGUGCUCAAGAUCCAGAUGAAGGAAGGAAUGGAAGAGUGACAUACAGCAUCCUCUCAGGAAAUGACAACACGGCCUUUAUGCUAGACGAGUCAUCAGGCUUACUAACAACCACCCGUCCUUUGGACUAUGAAAUAAAAGCUCAGCACAUUCUGACCCUUCUGGCACUGGAUGAUGGUAUACCAGCACUUUCUUCAUCCCAGACUUUGACGAUUACUGUUCUUGACGUAAAUGAUGAGGCACCCGUGUUUCAGCAGGACCUGUAUGAAGCUUCAGUUAAAGAAAACCAAAAUCCAGGGCAGUUUGUCACAAGGGUUGAAGCUAUGGACAAAGAUUCGGGAAUCAAUUCCAAGUUUCAGUUUGAAAUCAUGCCAGGGGCUUCAUCUGGGUUCUUCAAGAUAAAUCCUGACACUGGAGAGGUAGUGACCACCACCAUACUUGACAGAGAAGUUCGGGAAGUUUUCACCCUUCGAGUACUCGUGCGAGAUGGAGGAGUCCCUUCAUUAUCUGGCACCACGACAAUUCUCUGUACUGUAGAAGAUGAGAACGAUCACGCACCAGAGAUUAUUGUCCCCAGUCAUGACAUUGAGGUUCUGGAAAACCAAGUGCCAGGGGUUGUCUACACUGUUUUGGCUUCUGAUAUGGAUUCUGGCAAUAAUGGAGCUGUCAGGUAUCAUGUAAUUGAUGGAAAUACGGACAAAUACUUUGCUAUUAAUGAGACAUCAGGAGAACUCUCAACCACUCGCGCUUUGGACCGGGAACAAGUCAGCAAUAUUACCCUAGUCAUCCUGUGCUCUGAUCUUGGGGAUCCACCGAGGAGCUCUCUAGUGCAGUUGCAGGUUAGAGUUUUGGAUGACAAUGACCAUGGCCCGUCCUUCCCCAUGCUGCAUUACCAGGCCUCCGUGAGAGAAGAUGCUCAAGUGGGAACAGUGGUUCUCGUGCUGUCUGCCGUGGACAGGGAUGAAGGCCUGAAUGGACAAACUGAGUAUUUUCUGGUGGAUGAGGCUUCUGGUGCAUUCACCAUUGAUGCCAUGGCAGGUACAUUGAGAACCCGCCACACGCUGGACCGAGAAGCCAGAUCUCAGCAUACAUUUAGGGCUGUGGCCAGAGACUGUAGUGUCCAGGGCUCAAGAAGCACCACGGUCAUUAUAGAAGUACAUGUCACAGAUGUAAAUGACAAUGACCCAGUUUGGGUGCAGAACCCCUUGGAGAUUUUUCUUUCUCCCCGGUCGCCUACUAACCAGACAACUGCCAUUCUGACAGCCAGUGACCCUGACUUGGGACCCAACGGAACUGUCAUUUUUAGUUUUGCAGAGACCCAGUCAAUGUUUUCUAUUGAUAAAUAUACAGGAGAAGUUCAACUUCAGCACUGCCCAUCUUCUGAAUAUUUUCCAAUCUGGCUGCAGUUAAAAGUUAGGGACCAGGGGGUUCCAGCUAGGACGACCACUGGCCUCUUAGUGGUUCACAUGGAAGGGGAAGAUGUAAAGAUUUCCUUCAGCCACCAUCUCUAUAAAGCGACUGUGACCGAAAAUUGUGAUGCAGGUACUUCUGUUGUGACUGUAAAAGCUGUUGCUCCUGACCCAACACAAGACAGCAUUAAAUAUUCCAUUUUUAGUGGAAAUGAAGAUGGGGUUUUUUCCCUGUGCUCCAACUCAGGAGAACUCACUGUGAAAGAACCCAAGUUUCUCGAUUUUGAAGUCAGACAUGAAGUACGACUCAUCAUUUUAGCGGAAAGUAGGGGGCACAGAGCCUACAGCAAAGUAACAGUCUUGAUACAAGAUGUGAAUGAUAACUUACCAUGCUUUGAGCAAAGCGUUUACCAAGUGUCAGUGUCUGAAGGCCUGUCCCACAAUGCUCACAUCAUACAGGUUUUUGCUGCGGACCUCGACAGUGGGAUGAAUGGCCUCACUGAGUACUCCAUUCUCUCUGGCAACCAAGGGGAAACAUUCCACAUUGAUGCGCGGAGUGGUGUGAUCACAGCAAACGCGGUUUUAGAUUACGAGCUCACCAGCUCCUACAGGUCUGUCCCAGAUUCAGAUCCAUUUGCUCAAGUAUUCUGCUUGUUUCUGACAAAAUUGUUGCUUUGGCCAUGACUUCCUGUUAUGUAAGCUUCACUGUAAAAUGUGUUGCGCUUUGAUCCAACCUAUGAUCACUCUUUUGAUACGCUGAA